UGUGUGGGUGGACCCCACCGCCCCCGUGAUCUGGCUCAUUCCGCACGGAUUUUUUUUUUCCUCUUCUUCUUCUCUCCCCAAUUUUAAAUGAACCGUCCAUCUUUUCGCUCAGCACGAACGUGGCACAGCGUGUGUAGGAAUUCUUCCUUGUUGGGAGCACUGCCCUCGGGGCAGCCGUUUCGGCAGCGCUGGUUUCCCGAGAGCAGCGGGAGCCUGCACUGGGGAUGGGAGGUUUGGGCACCCUCCCUUCGGUCUGAUCACCCUCUGAGUGUCCUCUCAGGACCGUGGGCACACUCAUGGCACGAUGGCCUGCCCUCAGGAGCACCUGAGCUGCUCCUCUCCACACCUGGCCUUGAGUGAAAACAAACCCUCCCAUGGACCGCAAAAUGACCUCGCCCCUGUGGGGAGCCCCCCGCCCUCCGAGCUCCUGGAGGACCUGCAGGACCGCGGGGUGGCACGCACAGAGUUCCUUGAGACCCUGAGCAGCCCCAGCACCACGACCGUGUUGACGAGCGUGAGCGAGGAUUCCAGGGACCAGUUUGAGAACAGCAUCCUCCAGCUAAGGGAACACGAUGACUCAGAGAUGGCCGUGUCUCAGGGGACCGGCCACACGGCGGACGGAGAGAACACGAGUGGAGCUGAAGACAUCCGAAUUCAGUUCAGCAGGUCUGGCAGCGGCAGUGGUGGCUUUCUGGAAGGACUGUUUGGAUGUUUGAGGCCUGUGUGGAAUAUCAUUGGAAAGGCCUACUCCACUGAUUACAAACUGCAGCAGCAAGAUACUUGGGAAGUACCAUUCGAGGAGAUCUCGGAGCUGCAGUGGCUGGGCAGUGGGGCCCAGGGAGCUGUCUUCUUGGGCAAGUUCCGAGCGGAGGAGGUGGCCAUCAAGAAAGUGAGAGAGCAGAACGAGACGGAUAUCAAGCAUCUGAGGAAGCUGAAGCACCCGAACAUCAUCGCCUUCAAGGGGGUUUGUACCCAGGCCCCGUGUUACUGUAUCAUCAUGGAGUACUGCGCCCACGGACAACUCUAUGAGGUUCUGCGUGCGGGCCGGAAGAUCACACCCCGACUGCUCGUAGACUGGUCCACAGGGAUUGCCAGUGGAAUGAAUUAUUUGCACCUCCACAAAAUCAUUCACCGUGAUCUCAAAUCGCCUAAUGUUUUAGUCACGCACACAGAUGCAGUCAAAAUUUCAGAUUUUGGUACGUCUAAAGAACUCAGCGAUAAAAGUACCAAGAUGUCCUUUGCUGGCACAGUGGCCUGGAUGGCACCAGAGGUGAUAAGGAAUGAACCCGUCUCAGAAAAAGUCGAUAUAUGGUCUUUUGGAGUGGUGCUUUGGGAGCUGCUGACAGGCGAGAUUCCGUACAAAGACGUGGACUCAUCAGCCAUUAUCUGGGGUGUUGGAAGCAACAGCCUGCACCUUCCAGUUCCUUCCACUUGCCCUGACGGAUUCAAAAUUCUGAUGAAGCAGACGUGGCAGAGUAAGCCUCGCAACCGGCCUUCUUUCCGGCAGACGCUCAUGCAUCUGGACAUCGCGUCCGCGGACGUGCUGGCCACCCCUCAAGAAACUUACUUCAAGUCCCAGGCUGAAUGGAGAGAAGAAGUGAAAAAGCACUUUGAGAAGAUCAAAAGCGAAGGCGCGUGCAUACACCGCCUGGACGAGGAACUCAUCCGCAGGCGCAGAGAGGAGCUCAGGCAUGCCUUGGACAUCCGUGAGCACUACGAGAGGAAACUCGAGCGAGCUAAUAAUUUAUACAUGGAGCUGAGCGCCAUCAUGCUGCAGCUGGAAAUGCGGGAGAAGGAGCUCAUCAAGCGUGAGCAAGCUGUGGAAAAGAAGUAUCCCGGGACCUACAAACGGCACCCCGUCCGCCCAAUUAUCCACCCCAGUGCCAUGGAGAGGCUCAUGAAGAGGAAAGGCACGCCGCACAAACCGGGGAUCCAGGCCAGACGGCCUGAUUUGCUGAGAUCUGAAGGUAUCCCCACCACGGAGGUGGCUCCCAGUGCAUCUCCUGUAUCCGGAAGUCCCAAACUGUCCACCUCAAACAGCAAGAGCCGAUACCGAAGCAAACCUCGCCACCGCCGGGGCAACAGCAGGGGCAGCCACGGUGACUUUGCAGCCAUCUUGAAACCCCAGACAGCCCAGGAAACCUCAGCCCAGCCCCCUGACCCACCCCAGGCCCAGCCCCAGUGCCCUCCUCAUGCCCUGCAGCAGCAAUACCAGCAGCACCCGCCCGCCACGGCUCAGAACCACCCCCCCAGACUCCCAAUGCACGGGCAGGACAUCGCCACCUGUGCCAACAACCUGAGGUACUUUGGCCCAGCAGCAGCCCUGCGGAGUCCGCUCAGCAACCACGCCCAGAGACAGAUGCCUGGCUCCAGCCCCGACCUCAUCUCCACGGCCAUGGCGGCAGAUUGCUGGAGAAGCUCUGAGCCCAACGAGGGCCAGGCUGUUCCCUGGGACUGCUGUCAGGCCGACCCUUACGACCCCUGCCUCCAGUGCAGGCCGGGACAGCGUGGCUACUUAGAUGUGUCCUCUGUGGAGCCAGCAGGGAGGAACCUCGAUCUUCCCAAGUCGCCAGCACACCGUCCCCUCUCGGGAAACACCCACGCUUCCGGGAACGUGGAAGGACCCCAGUUCAAUGGCUGCAGGUCUGAGUCGUCCCUCGGCAUCCCCCAGUACAUCACCCCCCCACUGCUACCUCGCAAAGCCAGGCCCCUGCAGAAGAGUGGAGACGACUCCUCGGAAGAGGAAGAAGGGGAAGUAGACAGUGAAGUGGAAUUUCCACGGAGACAGAGGCCCCACCGCUGCAUCAGCAGCUGCCAGUCUUACUCGACUUUCAGCUCUGAGAACUUCUCCGUGUCGGACGGGGAGGAGGGAAAUACCAGCGACCACUCCAACAGCCCUGACGAGCGAACUGGCCAGCGGGAGGCCCGUCUGGCCGAGAAGCUGGAGGACCUGCUGUCGCAGACCCCGGAGAUCCCCAUCGAGAUAUCCUCGCACUCCGACGGGCUCUCGGACAAGGAGUGCGCCGUGAGCCGCGUGAAGACGCAGAUGUCGCUGGGGAAGCUGUGUGCGGAGGACCGAGGCUACGAGAACCCUAUGCAGUUUGAAGAAUCGGACUGUGACUCUUCAGGUGGCGAGUGUUCCGACGCCACCGUGAGGGCCAAUAAGCACUACAGCUCCGCCACGUGGUGACCAGAGAACGCUCCCGACUGUCCUGGCAUUUCAAGCCCGCCCACCCCCAGACUCCUCCCUCUCUCUCCCUGCCUUUUGUCCGGGAAGAGUGUCCCCGUCUUUACCACCCCUAAAAACGAGCUGCAAUAACAGGGACAUAAGACUUCACAAACCUCUGGAAAAAGUAUAUAUAUAUAUAGAUGUAUAUCCAAAUGAAAUUAAGUCUCACUGAACAUUUCAAUCAAGAAUGGCAGGGAUCUAUUUUAUUGAAUAUUCUAGCUACUGUAACAUUGAUAUUUAUUUUUGUUUGAUGUUUUAACACUUUGUACUGUAAAGAGUGAACUAUAUAUGACACACAGAGAAAGAGAGAGACACCAAAAUUUGUUGGAAGGGAACAAAAGAACGAAAGAUGAAAGAUGGAUGGAAUGUAGGAGCCACGUCCUGGACCCUAUGGGAACUGUGGGCCCAGGGAUGAUGCUGCUGCUGCUGCUGCUGCUGCUGCUGCUGCUGCUGCUGCUUGAACAGGGAGCAGGUCUUUGAGCCACACGUGACUGAAGAGCAAGGGCAGGGCAGACGGAGAGCGCUGUGGAGAGACUUGGGAAGAGCCAAAGAAAAAACCGAUUCCAGGCAACUUGUGAGCAAAUCACAUUCCGUUCAGCCAGCUUGUCCAGCUGGGUGAUGGGAGUGACCGAGAUGCUUGCACAAAAGGUCUCUAAGGUCAUGCCCUCUCUUUAAGAGGAAAGCAAACGAAGAAGGAACCCCACGACUGAUCAUGUGGAAGCUGUGAUUUCCGAAAGUGUACCCAGCAAUUGGUAGCCAGCCUUGCAGUUAGCGGUAGAUCUUGUCCUUGGCAAACACUUCCCUUUUCAAUGCUGUCCUUGUGGUGACCUUGACCAAGGUGUGGACUCGUCAGGGUCAAGUGCCCUUUUCUUGUACCUUGCGUCUCCUUUCUACUUACCAACCACUUCCUUGAGGGGAAAGAAAGGCGUGAAGGAUCCCAAAAAAGAAAAUCCACAACAGUGUUAGCCAAGCCAGUGUGACAUCCCUAAAAGAACCUUCUCAGAACGUCUGGCAUCCUGCUCUGGAAGCAGCCUGCUGUCUCCCAUCGCAAGCGGCACAAGCUGGGGAGGCAGCUGUGGCGUCUGUGAGCCUGCCUCACGGCCACUGGAAAAUCAGGGCCCUCGAUUGUGUCUGUGAACACACUCUGCCCCGACGAGUGUCGUGAAGUGACCGCCCACCACUGUCAGCAUAGGGGCGACAAGAGCAACUUGCAGAAAGCCACCUCUCUGCCACGGCAAUCACGUUGCGGUAAAAUCCUCCUCUUCGGAUGUGUGUGACUUCCUCUGGGUCCCUAGGAUCCGUCGUGCAGUGUUCCGCAGCAGUUGGCUUUGGAAAUCAGCGCAGAGGAACUGAUGCCGAUGAGGGAGAUUUUAGUGGUUGGAGGGCCUUCCUGCCUCCAUGGCCCCUCACUGGCCCUGCAGAGCCCCCAGCGGCCCUGCGGGCUCCCUGGGCUUCGAUAGGAGCAUUGUACCUAGCCUUUGUGUACACGCAGGUGUUGGCCUAUUGCUAGUCUCAGUUUACCAGGUGGGUUAAUGUGAAACAACCUUUCUAGGCUCAGGACUUGCACCAGAGGCGAGACGCGUGCAUAUCCCGUAUGUGUCUGGCAUUCAGAAAGAUCCGAGCGCACAGGCAUCGAACCCUUUCCAAUGCAGAUGAAAAUGCCACCCCUCCGCUGGUUUCAUGGAUUGCAUCCGCCAAAAAAGGAAGCAGACGGAGGGGGGUGGCGUUCCCGCCGUUGCUUCCGUUGCGUGUCCGAGCCCUCCAUUUGUUUACACUUUAUGUUGAGAUGUGAGUUUUAUCAUGUCGUGUCUUUAAUUUAUAGCUCUUAGCGAGGAUGAAGGAAAACGUUUAAUUUAUUCAGAGUGCAGUAUUGUUUGCAUUAAGUUAUUCCAUUUUGUAUAAAUUCUGUAGCUGGACUACAUGAGCGAUCUUAAGUUAUGGCAUUGCACUCAUCACCGCUAUUUUAUUUUGUAAUAAUUAUUGUCAUUCUCAUUUUCUGUGGGUCAGAAGGUGUGGUUGACGGUAUCGCACAAUGAUUGUGUUUCUUGCCAACGAUGAAUGAUGUGAUUUUGGGGGAAGGGAUGGACGCAGCACUGCUGUUGGGGGGGCUCUCUCUCCGCCCCGCAGUCCCUGCUUCUCUGUGCACCAGCACAAUCACGGGGGUGUGCUUGGCCCUGGGCCUAGGCAUGCGCACAUCGUGACUGACUUGAUCAGGAAGGUCUCUGGGUGGGAGGUGGCAGCGUGAAUGGACAAACAGUUCAAUUGCUGUAAACUUUCUCAAGUUUCUUAAGAAAUAAAAUCAUGGGACUCUAUUAGAAGCAACGAGAAUUAUUUCAUGCCCCGAAGGGCUGAGACCUACGGGUUUUUUUUCCUGGGACACGUGGGUUGGUUAGUUUCAAGAAGUGGCUGCAUAGUUUAUCAUCUCUCUCCAGGCCCCACAAAACUGGCCGUGUUUGCCCCUCUUCUGGUACAGGAAGGCAACUAGAUAAGAAGAGACACCCAGA